GAGAGCUUAAGUGACAGUUGUGUCCGACAGAUGUCAAAUUAUUAAUAUAAAAUAAACAAAAUAGCGGGAUUGUACUAAAAAUUAAAAACGGAAUAUAAAACAGUGUUUUAAGUUUUAUUAAAUUUAAUGUUGAUAAAUAUUGAAGUGUUUAAUUUUAACCACUUAAGAAUAUUCUAUUUUAAAAACUGAUCUAGAAUGUCAUCGCCAGAAAUAGUUGACGAUUUUUAUGGGGUGUAUUUAUUGUACAACAUAAAUCCUAAGUACAAAGGGCGAACCUACAUUGGAUAUACAAGGGAUCCGCUAAGAAGAAUUAUGCAGCAUAAUAGAGGUACUUGGGCAGGUGGAGCUCACCGGACAAAUAAUAAAGGCCCUUGGAAAAUGGUGUUAAUAGUUCAUGGGUUUCCAAAUAACAUUUCUGCAUUAAGGUUUGAAUGGGCAUGGCAGAAUCCAACUAAAACAAUAAGAUUGCAACAUUUAGAUCUUAAAAAAUUACCUAGAAAGGAGACUGAGGUACAAUUUAAAAUCAGGGUUUUAUCAGAAAUGUUGAGAGUGGGCCCAUGGUAUCGUCUACCUUUAACCAUUCAAUGGCUGGAACAUGACUUUUACAAAGAGUUUCCUCCAGAACGAAAACCGCCAGACCAUAUUAUAACCAGUUUUGGUCCAGUCAAAAGCAGAAAUCUCAAAGUCUCCCAAGUUCUUUCAACAUCCAAAGUUUGUCAGAUUUGUUUCGAAUAUAUUUACGAUAAUAAGGAACUUAAAUGUGUCAACGAAAAAUGUAAUUUAUCAGCCCAUUUAGCUUGUUUAGCCGAUUUGUUUUUGUCUCCGGGUGAAUAUGUUCCAAUUGAAGGUUCUUGUCCAAAAUGUAAAAUGAUUUUAAAAUGGGGUGUUUUGAUACGAAAAAUGAAAGGAUGCAAUUAUGUUGAAGAUACGGAGUCAGAAGUGGUCGACGAAGAAGAGAUUUCGCAAGAUAAAAUGUUUGUUGAUAAUAAUUCGUGGUUUCUUGAUUGUGAUGAUGAUUUAUUAUGACGAUGAAUAGAAAUUAAAUUUAAUAUGUAGUUAUAAUUGUC